UGAUCAAUUUAUUCCUGAUGUAUAAAUAUCGACGGAAUUAUCUGCGUUAUUUCUCCGGCUGCUGUUAUAGAGUUUUUAAAUUAAUUAAUAUCGAACCAUGGACAUUCUCAUUAUUUCUGGAGAAUCUGGGUGAAGGUUUUUAAAGAUCCCAUCGACCUUCCCCUCCUCGCCCCACCAUCCAUGUGUGCAGUGAAUCCGAACAGCUGAUCGAACUCGCCAUUGAGAUCUACGAUUGAGGUUAUGAGAAGAAAUGCAUUAUGUUGUACUGACAAUCUAAAUGAGAAAAAAAAAUGAAAAUUGUGUUCUAUAAUCACUGAUGAGCCCCUGAAUGCCUGGAACGCAUGCUCACGUCAGACAAACAAUAAAUCAGUGAAUUCAAUUCCCAGCAAGUGGUGAUGACGGUUCUCGAUAAAUUUCGCCGGUAUGUGGGCAGAUUUCUCACCCUUCACCCCCCAUUGCACAUGGUAAUCUGCAAUCAUUCGAGCUUCAUCCCAAAAAGAGUUCUAAUCGUAUCGAAAGUAUCGCGUUAUCAAGUCGAACGGAUUCGCGAGGGUGACAUAAGUGACGAUGAAUUCAAGAAACGAGUCCUCCAAAGGGAAACGGAUUACGAGAGAAUGGUGGAGGGACAUCGAAAGAAUAAGAGAGUGCAGAUGCAAGUGAUUGAAACCCUAAAAAAAAAUAAAAUUGAUUUCAAAUUAACAAACCGGCUGACUAUUGACAAGCCAUAUUUUGACUGGGCUGACCUCGUUAUCGCUACCGGGGGUGAUGGAACUUUUCUCCUCAGUGCCAAUCAGAUUUUUGGCAAUCAGAAGCCCAUAUUAGGAAUUAACUCAGACCCUGACACUUCCGAGGGGUUCCUGAUGCUGGGAAAAGAGUAUUCCCGAGAUAUUCCAAAGAUAUUUGAAUUACUCAGAGCUGGCUCUUAUGAAUUCGUCAUGAGGACGAGAAUUAGGGUGACCCUGAAGGGAGAGGGUAUCUGGGGUGCUCUGUUUCAUAUGCAUGAGGACGCCAGGAUACCCGGAAAGGAGGAAUUUUGCAAGAGCAAAAGUACCUCUGAGCGUCGAUUACCUUGGCUCGCCUUGAAUGAAGUAUUCAUCGGGGAGGCGUUGUCCGCGAGGACUAGUUCCCUGGACAUUAGAAUCGACAAUAGAAAUGACUUUCAUAAAGUCAAGUGUUCAGGGCUCUGUGUGAGUACAGGGACUGGAUCUAGCUCCUGGUAUAAAGCCAUAAACAGUGUGACACCCCAGAUGGUCAGUGAUCUUCUCAGAGUGGCUCAACCUGAAAGGACAUUUUCCGACGAACAAAUUGAUUGGAUCUGCCAUAGUUUUAACAACAGCCUUCAGUUUUCGCCAGAUGAUCCGAAGAUGAGUUACGCUAUUCGUAAUAUCAUUGCCAAUGACAUGUGGCCUUUACCAAAGACAAUCAACCAACGUGCCUACUGCAAUACCUUAACGAUAAGAUCGCAGUGUGACGAUGCGGGAUUAGUCUUUGAUGGUGGCAUAGGGGUACCCUUCAACGUGGGUACAUCUGCUAUAUUGGAGACCCACGACGAGGAUCGUCUCCGGACCAUCGAACUAAAUCAGUGAUUCUUAUUGAAAAAACAGCAAAUGGUAAAGUGACAAUUCGAGUUUACUAUUCUUAAAUUAUCCAUUUAUUUGCCAAAUUUAUUAUUUUUAAAAACAGAUAUUUCUCUUAAUUAUCUCGAAAAUAAUGAAUUUGAGGUGAAAACACUAGAGAAUUUUUUUAUACUUGAUUAAAUGCCUGACAAAAAAGCCUCUUGACAUUUUAUCCUGAAGUCACUAGGUUGUUAGAUUAAUUGAUAUCCGAGAAAGCUGUAAAAUUCGGUUGAUAUCACUUUACCACUGCUACUGAAGUAAUUUAUUAAACAACCAUAUUUUAUUUUGUAUAUUUAUACCCAAUAAAUUUCUCCGUUUAUUCAA